AUGAAUGUAGUGACAGGAAUUGACGGCUCGGGUGUCCGUCACGAAUUGCUAAUUAAUAAUCAUUUCUAUGACGAGAAACAACUAUUACAGCUACUGGAUAACUGUGAACCCGACACUCAAUUAGUGAAAUUAAUACACGACAUCAAAGCGAGGGGUGCGGCCGAUGCGAACCGAUUAUGCAAACUACUGAUUGACUCGGGUUUGGUCGGCGCUGUGACCAACGAUUCAAGCGAUAUUGACCUGAGUCAAGACGACGGGCCGUCGCGGUGUUUAGAACUGCUCAAAGUUGUACUCUCUUGUGUGAGUUCAAUGGACACAAAUGCGCGGACUGUUACCAAAGCCACGGCCAUACAGAGCACCGCAUACGGCAACGUAUAUCCCAUGUCACGCAAACCCCGGGGUUAUUGCGUAAUCAUCGAUAACGAGAAAUUCAAUAUAGAAAGCUUGAAGCGUAGGCUCGGAACCAAAGCCGACGCCAACCGACUGUCCUCUGUCUUCCAUCAACUCUUCUUUGACGUCAAACUCUAUAGGAAUAAAACGGCUCAACAAAUGGAAACACUUUUGACGGACAUCGCGGCCGACAAAGCACUGGAAGGACACAACGCUUUGGCGGUUAUAAUGCUAUCUCACGGUUCAAAAGAAGGUAUUUACGGCACGGAUGGGUUUACUGUUGCCCUUAAGGAUAUUCUCGAGAUGUUUAAUAACGAGAAGUGUCCACAACUUAUCGAUAAGCCUAAGAUGUUCUUCAUUAACGCCUGCAGAGGCUGUAAUAUUAAGUUUGAACUAUUAUAUACCAAAAUUGAUCCUGGUAUACGCAAGAGUUUAGGUGCGACUGCAGCACCCGUAUUGACCACUUGGAGUGAUAUGUUUGUGUAUUAUUCUUCAAUCCAGGGUUACAUAUCAACCCGUAAUAUACUUAAUGGCUCGUGGUUUGGCCAGGAGUUAGCCGAUUGUUUGGCUGAAUCGGCCCAUAGGGAACAUCUCAACGAUAUAAUGACUAUAGAUGUGGCCAAACGUGUCAGUGAAAAGAUUGCCCAAAUUAAAGACCAGUCAACCAAACAGGCAAUUGAGACACUUAUCAGAGGCAGUGUUAAAAAGGAGAACUGCAAACCAGACACACAAUUACCGACACUAAUAAUAAACAUCGCGUCGAGGAGUGGAUCGGAAGUGAACCGAUUAUGUGAACUAAUGGUAUCGUCGGGUUUGGUCGUCGAAGAUUGUGGUCAGUGUGUGAACGAAGGGUCGCUGUGCAGUUCAACCUGGUUGGCAGAUAUCAUGUCUUCCAUCAUGAUGGUGAACACGGGUGAGCUCACUGUCACUAAAGCCACACAACUAAAGGAUACAAAACACGGAGACGUGUAUCCCAUGGCACGCAAACCCCGGGGCUAUUGUGUGAUCAUUGAUAACGAGUCUUUUGAAGAUAAAAGUCUGGAGUUUCGGUUCGGCUCUAUAGCCGACGUCCGCCGACUGUCCACUGUUUUCGAGCAGCUCUUCUUUGACGUCAAACUCUAUAACAACCAAAAAGCGGAACAAAUGAAAACACGUUUGGCGGACAUCGCGGCCGACAGCGCACUCGUAGGACACGACGCUCUCGUAGUUAUAAUGCUAUCGCACGGCUCAGAAGAAGGCAUUUACGGCACCGAUGGGGUCACUGUUAACCUCAAUACUAUACUCGAGAUGUUAAAUAACGAGAACUGUCCGCAACUUAUCGAUAAGCCAAAGAUGUUCUUCACUAACGCCUGUAGGGGUGGUAAAUAUGACCCUGGUAUACGCAAGAGUUUGGGUAGACCUCAAUUACUAAGCACGUGGAGUGAUAUGUUUGUAUACUAUUCUUCUAUAGAGGGUUAUGUCUCAAAGCGCGAUACCUUAUCGGGCUCGUGGUUUGGUCAGUAUUUAGCCAUAUGUUUAGCCGAAUUGGCUCAUAGGGAACAUCUCAACGAUAUCGUGACAAUACAAGUGGCCAAACGUGUCGGCGAUAUGUGUGGCGAAAGUGAUAGUCAGUCUCGGAAACAGGCCGUUGAGACACAUAUCAGAGGCAGUGUUAAAAAGGGUAACUGUGAAGCGGACACACAAUUAGCGACACUAAUAGCGGACAUCGAGUCGAGGAGUGGCGAGGAAUUGAGCCGAUUAUGUGGACUAAUGAUAUCGUCGGGUUUGGUCAGCGAUACGGUCGCCGACUCUGUGGACAGCGGG